AUGUCGAAGCGAGGACGUGGUGGGUCCUCUGGUGCGAAAUUCCGGAUUUCCUUGGGUCUUCCGGUUGGAGCCGUGAUCAACUGUGCUGACAACACAGGAGCCAAAAAUCUGUAUAUCAUCUCUGUGAAGGGGAUCAAGGGACGAUUGAAUAGACUUCCUGCUGCUGGUGUGGGUGACAUGGUAAUGGCCACAGUCAAGAAAGGCAAACCAGAGCUCAGAAAGAAGGUACAUCCAGCGGUGGUAAUUCGACAACGAAAGUCAUACCGGAGAAAAGAUGGUGUGUUUCUUUAUUUUGAAGAUAAUGCAGGGGUCAUAGUAAACAAUAAAGGCGAGAUGAAAGGUUCUGCCAUCACAGGACCAGUUGCAAAGGAAUGUGCAGACUUGUGGCCCAGGAUUGCAUCCAAUGCUGGCAGCAUUGCGUGAUUCUUUGGUGUAUUUGUAAAAAAAAUAAAAAUUAUUUGCUCCCAA